AUGGCGCAACAGUCACAAGUUUGCAAACUUACAUUGCAACUCAUGAAGAGGAAGGACAAAUAUGCGCCAUUUGGUCCUUUACCGAAUACUCAAGAUAUCGAAAAUUUCGAGAAAACAGGAGCAGGUGGCCCAACUCUUGACAACUUUAGAGUGAAUAUCCUUGGAAAGCUGGCGGAUAAAUGGAAUAAGACAGUUGCUCAACUCUUUGCCGCUUACUUUGUGGAAUCCGGAUGGUUCUCAUGUGCAGAUGUUGAUGCUGUAGCUCAAGCAUUUAAGAGGCAUAUUCCUGCACUUCAGAGACAGUACAAGUGCUCAUGCCAGACUGAGGAUGAGUGCCCAGAAGACGAACUUGACAUAGGGGAGGCAGAGGCGGCAGAUGCGAGACGGCGAUCACUUCGCACUUGUCGCGCUGAGUCCUGCAAUGUUCAUCGAGGUGUUCGGAAAUUUAAAGGGCUAUGGGAGUUGCUCACUUACGAGGUCAUGAGUGGUGAUGAAGCAGAACACCGUAGAGGCAAAACUCGUUAUCUGGUCACCAAGAUGCCUUGGCGCAGUCCUGAGGUCACAGAUUUUCUACGAGUGUUUGAUAUGUUACACCUAUCGACUCGUUUCAAGACUAAUGGGGGGGCUCGCCGGGGGGCUUUCCCCCAUCGCAGAUACCCUUCAUCUUGUAUCGAUACGAAGACUAGCCCGGUUCCAGGUCUUCCCAAGAACUUUUAUGAUGAGAUUUGGUUUGCAUCUCUGAAUGCAGUAGAGCAAAAGGCAUUGCGAUCCCUCCCAUCAGUUGAUAUUACGCUCCCUGCUGCAGUUCUUACGUGA